UCUGAGUAUUCUCUCAUCCGCCGCCGUGGACGCACCUUAACACGCUCGCAGUAAUUUUAUGUUGAGACUGGAACCUGGGUUCAAGCCAGGCCGCGUUUCGUGUGUGUUUCGCCGCUUUUGUUUGUCUCUUUUUGUGGCCAGCAAUAUUUGGCAAGUGAUGCAUAGAGAGCCCGCCCCCACGCAGCAGCAGCAGUCAGACACAAAACGUAAUUAAAUGCAAAUGUGUGAAAGUGUAGCAUAAAAAGUGCGAACAGGCGGAGUGGAAGAAACGGCCAAAUAGUCGUAUAAAUCCAUGUUUUGCAACGUUUCAUUGUUUCAACUAUUUUCGGCCGAGCGCCAGUGCGUGAUGGAGCCAGCCACACAAGUUAUAAGUUAAAGGCAUUUAAAACUAACAAAAAACUCGAGCUUCAUAUACAAAAUAAGAUUGAAAACAGAGAUAACCUCCAAGCGGACGGAGGGAACAUCCAACAUUCGAGUAUUUAAAACGUAAAUUACUUAAAAAUACAUUAAAAAUGUACAAAAAGCUGCAACGUCAGUAGAAGAAAGCGGAACAUUGCAGAAGCAAGGCAGCAGGAAAAAAAGGAUUCAAGGAUUCUAGUUAUUCUUUCCAUUAAGCAGCAGCAGAGGCGCGACAGGCGAAAGCAAGCACAGCAAUUCCAUAGAGACAAACCUUCAGCAUCAUCAUCAUUGUCGUCAUGAGUCGACUGAGAGCGGCAUUAAAGCUGCUGCUGGUGGUGCUGCUGCAGCUGUUGCAGUGGCAGACCGGCGAGACGGCCUUCGGACGGGAUGAGUGCAACGAACUGAGCGUCAGUUCGUCCUGCCAGUGUGCCCCAUCGAUGGCCGAGUACGAGAUCUACUGCCCCGCGAAUGCCUACAAUGUGUACCCGAAGUUCCGGCUGGCCAUUCGGCCCAAUUCGAAUGUCCAGAUCGAGUGCAAUCUGACGGAUGCGAAAGAGUACAAACAGCUGCCGCAACUGAAUAUCGGCGAGAUCGAACGGGUGCAGAUCCAGCGCUGCCCAUUGCCCGGACACACACCGAUUGCGGGCAUACUGGAGCACCUGGGCAUCCGCAGCCCCAAGAUGCUCAUCUUUGAGAGCGACAAUCUGGGGGUGAACAUCACGCGUCGGCACUUGGAUCACCUGCAGAACCUGAAGCGACUGCGGUUUACCUCUCGGCGGUUCACGUACAUUCCUGCGGACUUUCUCGCAGAUCUGCGGAACCUCAGUUGGCUCGAUCUUCGGGCGAAUAUUGUGGAACUGCCAGCGCAUCUGUUUGACAACCUGGAGAAUCUCGAGUCGCUCGAACUGGGCAGCAAUGGCCUGAAGCACCUGCCACAUGGCGUGUUCAGUCGGAUGCCCAAGCUGCGGCACUUGAAUCUGUGGAGCAAUCAGCUGCACAACCUGACGAAGCACGACUUUGAGGGCGCCAGCUCUGUGGUGGAUGUGGAUCUGCAUGCCAACGGCAUUGAGCAGCUGCCCCACGAUGUCUUCUCGCUGCUCGUGAAUCUCACGGAGAUCAAUCUGAGUGCGAAUCACUUCCGUUCGCUGCCCGAGGGCCUCUUCGAGCACAACAAGCAGCUCAGGCAGGUGCGUCUGCUGAACAAUCGUGUGCCACUGUCCACGCUUCCCGCUCGACUGUUUGCCAAUCAGCCAGAGCUUAGGGUUCUGCUCCUUCGCUGCGAUCUAGAGACACUGCCCAGUGACCUCUUCGAGCAGUCCACGGAGAUCACAAACAUCUCGCUGAGGGAUAACUAUUUGAGUACACUGCCAGCUCAGCUCCUAGAGCACCAGACGAACCUUUUGAGUCUGGAUUUAAGCAACAAUAAAUUGACUUAUCUGCCGGAUACGUUCUUUGAGCACACAACGAAGUUGGUGGAUUUAAAUCUGGCUGAGAAUAUGCUCUCAGGCAUAAGCAGUGACAUAUUCAGCAAGCUGGAAAAACUGGAAACUCUCAAUAUGAAUAACAAUCUCGUGAAAACCAUUGCCGGCAAUGCCUUUGCGGCCAACACGGGACUGAUGCACAUCAGCAUGGAGCAUAAUCUGAUUGACUUGCAGCAGCCGCUGCUCGACAGCAUAGUCCAGGAGCAACUGAACUCCCCCUUCAGUCACUUGGCCAGCCUGCAGACCCUCAAUCUGCGCAACAACUCGAUCAUGUUCAUCUAUCGCGACUGGAACUUCAAUCUGAUCAAUCUCCAGGAGCUGGAUCUGAGCUACAACAACAUUAGCUCCCUGAUCUACGAGGACCUGCAGUUUCUGUCGAGGUCCAAUCUGUUUGUGAACAUCACCCACAACCAGAUCAGCAGAAUCAACUUUUAUCCGCAGCUGCCAGUGAUGCCCGAUGGGGAGAUGUCCACGAGUGUCCUGCGCAUGGACCUAAACAAUAAUCCUCUGAUCUGUGACUGCACCUUGCUGUGGUUCGUGCAGCUGGUGCGGGGCGCCCAUGUGCCGGAGUACGCGAAACAGUUCAAGUUCGACACUGAUCGACUCACCUGCAGUCAGCCGCACAACCUGAUGGAUCUGCCAGUGCGUAUGGUGCCGCCGAAGGAACUCAUCUGUCCCAUCGGCAGUGCAGAGGAGCCCGGCCAGCGGCAGUGUCCGCGCGGCUGCCGAUGCUGGGUGCGCACCUUCGACAAGGCGCUGGUCAUCAAGUGCCAUCAGGGCAAUCUCACCCAGGUGCCAGAGCUGCCCACCCUCUACGACAAUCUGCACAUCAUGGAACUCCAUCUGGACAACAAUACGCUGCUCAGCCUGCCUCCAGCCCGCUCUCCCGGCUACGAGAACGUGACGAGCCUCCAUUUGGCUGGCAACAAUCUCACCCACAUCGACGUGGACCGACUGCCGCCCAACUUGAAGCAUCUCGAUGUGCGGCGCAACCAUCUGCAGGCACUGAACACCACUGUGCUGGGCUUCCUCAAUCGCACGAUGCCCAGACGCUCGCUGAUGCUCUCGGGCAAUCCGUGGAUCUGCAACUGCGAGACCAAGCCACUGCUGCUCUUCACGCAGAGCAACUACGAGAGGAUAGCGGAUCGCGGUGAGAUGCUGUGCAUGGACGCAGAGACGCCCACUCGAAUGGCGGAGCUCUCGACAAACGACAUUUGUCCGGAGGAGAAGGGUGUCUUCAUUGCGAUGGCUGUGGUCAUCUCGCUGGCUGGAUUCCUGGCUGGCAUCACUGCCGCUCUCUACUACAAAUACCAAACGGAGAUCAAGAUCUGGCUGUACGCGCACAACAUGUUCCUGUGGUUCGUCACCGAGGAGGAGCUGGACAAGGACAAGAAGUUCGAUGCCUUCAUCUCGUACUCCCACAAAGAUCAAAGCUUCAUCGAGCAGUACCUCGUGCCUCAGCUGGAGCACGGACCCCAAAAGUUCCAGCUCUGCGUGCACGAACGUGACUGGCUGGUCGGUGGCUUUAUUCCCGAGAAUAUUGUGCGCUCUGUAGCAGACUCCAGACGCACUAUCAUCGUGCUGAGUCAGAACUUCAUCGAGUCGGAGUGGGCGCGCAUGGAGUUCCGGGCGGCACAUAGAGCGGCGCUGAACGAGGGACGUGCCCGCAUCAUUGUGGUCAUCUACUCGGACAUCGGAGACGUGGAGAAGCUGGACGAGGAGCUGAAGGCGUACCUCAAGAUGAACACCUACCUGAAGUGGGGCGAUCCGUGGUUCUGGGAUAAGCUGCGCUUUGCCCUGCCCCAUCGCAAGCCACUCGGACAUGUGGGCAACGGAGCGCUGGUCAAGUCACCGCUGAAGGGCUCCACGGACGACAAGCUGGAGCUGAUCAAACCCUCCCCGGUGACGCCGCCGCUGACCACACCGCCGGCGGAGGCCACCAAGAAUCCGCUGGUGGCACAGCUGAAUGGCGGCACGCCCCACACGGCCAUCAUGAUUGCCAAUGGCAAGAAUGGCCUGACGAAUCUCUACACGCCACACAAUGGCAAAUCGCAUGCCAAUGGCCACAUCAACGGGGCCUUCAUCAUCAACACGAAUGCCAAGCAGAGCGAUGUAUAGGACUGGGAGAAGGCGGAACUAUUUCAGUUCGAGCCCGACGAUGAGCUAUUGUUCCGUUGAAGAAUGAUGGAUGUUAGAGCCAGAGCAACCGCCACAGCCACAGCCACAGAGAGCAUCCACCACAGCUGAAUGUAAAAAGUCUAUAGAAAAUGAUUGAUUUCUGCAUGUUUUGGUCAAGUUUUCAGCUCCAUCCCUCCCUUCCUAGUUUUAAAUAUCUCCCCGACAGGCGGGGAGAGCGGAAGUUUAUGAAAAUUUCAAUUUUCAAUAUUUCAUGUGGCCUUGUGUUGAGAGGAGAAAGGAGAGGAGGUAAACAAAAGAGAUCCCUAUAAUAAGCAAUGGUAAAUGAAUCUCCCUCUAGCUGCUCUCCCUCUCUCUUUCUUUGUUAAGUGUUAUUUGUAAGCUUAGCGCCUAGGCCCUGUGCAGACUCUUGUAGAACAUAAACAAAUCUCAAUUAUUUAGUGAUUAUUUUGUACAUUUAAAUUAUUGUUAAUUCAUCAUUGUAAGCUGCCCCCUCUGCCUUUAUUACGUAUAUAUUUUCAACACUAAACGAAUCUCAAUGAGAGUCCAAAUCGAGCUUUAAUUUGAGCAAGCAACCAACUUAUUGACACAAAAACCAACACAUAUGACGUAUCCAAAUAUUGUAGAUCUAACACCUUAAUUGCGAAGAACAGCAACAGCAACACAGAAAAUAGAAAAUGAGAAAUACAAAUUGCCUUUAAUGUAUGUAUGUAUGAAUUCUAUAGCCCUAAGUAAAUGGUAGCCUUACGCGUACACACUCAUAUCCUCAUACAUAUUCGAUUGCAAAUACACCAUAAAACUACCCACUACUGUACAUACGCUGAAUAUGAGAAUUUCUGUAUCUACUUUUCCAAGCAAAAAAACAAAAACCAAAAUCCAACAAGCAAAUGUAUUGCACAAGAUUCUCCUCUAU